UGAUCCGUCAACGUUAAUCGAUUUAUCAAGCAUGUCGCGAAACGUAAAUUAUAGGCCAAACCGCGCACCAUUAAACGACCUGGGCAAUGUUGCGGACUGGAAUGGUGCGCGCGAACACAAACGAACUUUAACUUUCGCCGUUGGCUGCGUAUGUAUCAACGUCUUGCUCAAUAUUUUUCUUGCCGCUUACGUGACGCGUUGCUUCUCCACCGUCUGCUGUGCAUUGGUAGAGUCGUUUGCGGCUGCUGUUGUUAUUGUCCCUAUUGUUAUCGCAUUACAUUGCGCUAUCCUACAUACCAGCAAGUCAAGAGUGUUAUCGCCGCCAGAUUUGAUAGCCGCCUCGUCGUGACUGUGAUUAUUAAUAGCGGCGCCUCCAUACAGUUCGAACUGAGAGAGUAAUUUUUGACGCGAAUUCUACGAACAUUUACUGCUGAUUGCCAAGAUUCGCUUUGCCCCCCCUGUCUGCGAACGCACGUCAGAACUGGACGUAUUAUAACAGUGCAUUACUUGCAUUUUGUACACAUACAAAGUGAACUCGGAAUAAAAAUUUUGUUGCUGGUCGAUUAUAGUGUAGUGGGAAUGUCCAGCUGUAGUCUGGGACUUAGAACUUUGUUGAAAAAAAAGUAGUGCUCGUAAAUCUCCAGAUCACGAAACAAAGCCAAGAUGUCUGUGGCCUCUUCCCUAGCCUUUGGAUUCACGGGAUUUCUAAUCUACAAUGCCGAACCCGGUUCAUCUUUCUUUGCCUUUCACCCCGUGCUCAUGACGAUCGCAUACAGCCUGUUAAUGUUUGAAGCAAUACAGAUAUUCAACAAAUCGAAUCCCCUUCGAGAUUGGCUUCCUAUUAGAGCUGUCACUUUUCAUUGGUUGCUUGCGACGAUUACGAUAGCCUGUAUAUCAGGAGGAAUGUUCAUCGUGUACGAGCACAAGGAGUCACUUGGAAAAGCGCAUUUUACCUCGCUGCACUCCAAAUUCGGGUUAAUUGCCAAUUUGGGUAUAAUCUGCGUAGCGUUAGGUGGAAUUCUGACGCUCUACCGGAAGAACCUGAACUUGCCCGUUAUUGUCAAGCAGGGCCACGUCAUCGCUGGCGUCAUAAUUUACAUCGCGGCUGUGGGAGCCCUUCUCACAGGUCUUUCAUCAAAUCUAUUCAGUAAUGUCAUUAUGCAAUCAUCUCCUGCUUAUUGGAGGGCCAUUUAUGUCCUACCGAUUCUUUGUGGCUUUGUCAUUGUCAUGCAGGUAAUUAGGAAGUUUAUUGCUAAAAACGAAAAAAGCAAAAAUGAACAUGGCAAGGACAAAAAGAGCUCCGACUAGGCAACCCGUUUUUAUCUAUUUUUCUGAUAAAGUUGUCGCACAAAAAUUUUACCGAAAUAUUAUUCCGAAAUAGUGAUAAGACUCGAUGACCAAAAUCGUCGAAGGCAGUUUUAACACAGUCGAAAACUGCGAAUCUGUUUUCAAUAAACACAGAAGAAUAACGAAAAAUUAAAGCAACAAAAAGCAACGGUUGAAGGAAGCCAGGGGUCGCUUGUUCAAGCCCUGCCAACGACAUUUAUCAUCCUACAAGUGUUAUUAGAUAAAGAAAUAAUAAAAACAAAAGCGAUGGAUGAAAACAAGCUCAUAUCUUUAUUGAACUUUCUGGCUUUUCCCUACCGUAUUGUCUACUAUUAUUACUGUAUCAUAAUUACGGGGUACAAAAGUGUUUAGCAUCUUAACGCUAUUCUUUUUAUUUACAUCCUUUGAUGUUUUCUUUUUCAUAUGUUCACCGGUGCAUAACUGUGUAUGACUGUCUAUGUGCGACUUACAAAUAAAAAAAUUGUGUUUUUUACGUAAGAUAAUGGGUGUCGGUAAACUCGCUUACCGACGUAAAAGUGGGAUUUCCAACUAAAGACUAUAUUGUACACAGGUCAACGUCCAACAAACCCUACGGAAUUUGUGUGACUAAAGAGGUUAACGUCGUAUUAGUGUUGCUAAUUUUGCUUAUAAAGGAACACAAUUUUAAAAUUGAGAAAAAAGAG